CGGAAGCGGAAGUGCCGGUAAGGACUCUCGCUGGCGGGCCGUUCCGAGUCUUUUCCUCACUGAGAUUUCUUUUCUAAUUAAAAUGUCUAAUGGUUAUGAAGAUCACAUGGCCGAAGACUGCAGGGACGAUAUCGGGAGGACAAACUUAAUUGUGAACUACCUUCCUCAGAACAUGACCCAGGAUGAAUUACGGAGCCUGUUCUGCAGCAUUGGGGAAGUUGAAUCUGCCAAGCUUAUUCGAGACAAAGUUGCAGGUCACAGCUUGGGUUACGGCUUUGUGAACUACGUCACAGCGAAAGAUGCCGAAAGAGCCAUAAACACACUGAAUGGCUUGCGUCUCCAGUCCAAAACUAUCAAGGUUUCAUAUGCCCGCCCGAGCUCUGAGGUUAUCAAAGACGCAAACCUGUACAUUAGUGGACUGCCGCGGACAAUGACACAGAAAGAUGUUGAGGACAUGUUUUCACGGUUUGGACGCAUUAUCAACUCGCGCGUGCUGGUUGACCAAACUACAGGUCUGUCCAGAGGGGUGGCGUUCAUCCGGUUCGACAAGCGCUCGGAAGCCGAAGAGGCCAUUUCGAACUUCAACGGCCACAAGCCCCCCGGCUCCUCCGAACCGAUCACGGUGAAGUUUGCCGCCAACCCCAACCAGAACAAAAACGUAGCACUGCUGUCGCAGCUGUACCACUCCCCGGCUAGACGGUUCGGGGGCCCCGUCCACCACCAGGCUCAGAGAUUCAGGUUCUCUCCUAUGGGUGUAGAUCACAUGAGUGGGCUUUCUGGUGUAAAUGUCCCAGGAAACUCCUCUUCGGGAUGGUGCAUCUUCAUCUACAACCUCGGCCAAGAUGCCGAUGAGGGAAUCCUCUGGCAGAUGUUUGGCCCCUUUGGCGCGGUGACUAAUGUCAAAGUCAUCCGCGACUUCAACACCAACAAGUGCAAAGGCUUUGGCUUUGUGACAAUGACAAACUAUGAAGAAGCCGCCAUGGCCAUAGCGAGUCUUAACGGCUACCGGCUGGGGGACAAAAUCUUGCAGGUUUCCUUCAAAACCAACAAAUCCCACAAAUAAUUUCGCUCUCUUUUUUUUUGUAUGGAAUAGAUAACCGAGUGACGGGAAAAGUUUGAAACCUUUUUUUGUUUUGUUUCCGUUAGUGUACAACUCGAUUCUUCUUAUUUUUUUGUUUUGCGCCAGUUUUCACACAAAGGAAAGUUGUUUGUCUUUAGUCUAAAUGAGAAGUGGGAUAAAAGGGUCUUAUAUAUUCUUGGGAUGCACCAACAUGUUCAAAUGUUUCGGGUUGUUUUUUGUUUUGUUUUUUAAAGUCCUGCAAUUGUUUUAUCGGUUUUUAAUUUUAGAUGGUUCUGCUUCAUGACUUUGUCCCCGAGCCAAUAUA